AUGACCGCUUUCAACGACGUGAGACAGGACAAUGAUGUUGGUCGAAUUCCUGUUCCCACUUCCUACCAAUUAAAGCACCCCUCUGUCCCACAUUUGAAAGACCACGAUGAAUACAGCCUUCUCUACCAAAAGUCCAUCGAGCAUCCUCGUGAAUUUUGGUCAGAAAUGGCCACAGCAUCUCUUAAAUGGGAGAUUUUCUUCGACCAAGUCCACCAUGGAACAUUUGAGACCGGUGACCAUGGAUGGUUUAUUGGAGGAAAGCUCAAUGCUUGCUACAACUGCGUUGAUCGACACGCAUUCACAGACCCUGAUCGUCUGGCUAUUCUAUACGAGCGAGACAUGCCUGACAGUCAACCGCAGCAGAUUACAUACGGACAACUAUUGAUAGAUGUCUCCAGACUGUCAUGGGUCUUGAAGGACAUGGGAGUGCAGAAGGGGGAUAUUGUGUCCAUCUAUAUGCCAAACAUUCCCGAAGCGGUCAUUGCUAUGCUAUCAUGUGCUCGAAUUGGAGCUGUUCAUUCGGUUGUUUUUGCUGGGUUUUCGGCUCCAUCACUUAGAGGCCGACUAAACGAUGCCUGCUCGAGGGUGAUUCUCACGGUGGACGAAGGCGUUAGGGGAGGGAAAAUUAUUCCCAUGAAACGGGUUGUUGAAGAUGCGCUUGCUGACUAUGAAGGGGACAAGGUACAAUGUCUUGUACUGAGGAAGACCGGAAGUCCAGUUCCUUGGUGUCAAAGAAGUAAAGACAUCUGGUGGCACGAAGAAUGUGGCAAGUGGCCUGGCUACUAUGAGCCAGUGUCUAUGAGAUCUGAGGAUCCAUUGUUUAUGCUUUACACAUCUGGAUCUACUGGAAAACCUAAAGGUCUUAUGCACACAACUGCAGGGUACUUGCUCGGUUGUGCUGUGUCGGGAAAAUAUGUCCUGGAUCUUCAUCUUUCAGAUACAAUGUUUUGUGCUGGAGAUGGAUUACAACCGUGGUGUUCGAAGGGACCCUCGUUCCCUGACUAUGACCGAUUCUGGCAAGUCCUCGAGAGAUGCAAAGCAACGCACUUUUAUACAGCGCCUACAUCUCUGAGGAUGAUCAAAAAGUCCAGACCCGAUGGAAGCACUACACACCUUGGAAGAUUAAGGGUCGUUGCCUCAAUUGGAGAACCUUUGGCCCCUAGUGUUUGGCAGUGGUGCUACGAAGUUCUAGGGAACAGAGAGGUGCAUGUCCUUGACACUUACUUCCAAACUGAAACGGGGUGCCAUGCUUUCUCACCAUUGGCUGGAAUUACGCCAACCAAGGCUGGCACUGUGUCUUUGCCGUUUUUCGGCUUCAGACCAGCCCUGAUUGAUGCUGACUCGGGAAAUGAAAUUGUAGGAGACAACAUUAAUGGUCUGCUGGUGUUCAAACAGCCUUGGCCGAGCAUAGCCCGCACUGUGUGGCGAGACCACGCUAGGUACAUGAAUACUUAUUUCGAGUCCUAUCAAGGGAAAUUUACGACCGGCGACGGCGCAUGCCGAGACCGAGACGGCUAUUAUCAGAUUAUGGGAAGAGUUGACGACGUUGUCAACAUUUCGGGUCAUCGACUAUCGACAGCUGAAAUUGAAUCAACCCUUUUAGACCACGGUUCUUUUGCCGAAGUUGCAGUUGUUGGUAUUCCAGACGAAAUGACAGGUCAAGCCUUGGUUGUGUUCCUAUGUCUCAAGAAUAAUGUCGUCACAGACCAGGUGAAUCUCAAGUCAUCCGCUCGACAGCAUGUUGAGAAGUCUAUCGGUCGCUUCGCAGUUCCGAAGCAGGUACUUCUCGUGAGUGACCUCCCAAAGACAAGGUCGGGAAAGAUUAUGAGACGUAUCCUGAGGAAAAUAUUGGACGGUGAAAAAGGCAAUUUGGGCGAUACCUCGACUUUACUUCGACCAUGUGUUGUGUCAGAUAUCAUUGGUGAAGUGACAGUGCAGACAACAACGGAAUCAUGCGCGAUGACUCCAGAUGACAAGAGCUCGCUCAGUGCCAGCACAUCCCUCACUCACUCACCAUAUCCUUUUUCGCCCUACAAUCUCAGCUUUCUAGACCAUAUCCUCCCGCCUUGUCACAUUUUCAUGUUUUUGUCAUUUAACAACGCCUCGAUUGAAGGCAUCGAUGCCCUAAGGACUGGGGUCACACGAUUGUGUGAAAAAUUCCCAUUUUUAACAGGACUAGCUGUCCCAUCAAGUCAGUCUGCUGGCAAGGAAGGCGUACUUGAAGUACAGCCAGCGAGUUCAAACUUUUUGGAGAGAUACCCCAUGCUUCAAGUGGCCCACAGCCCUGGUAUGGAUGAAGUAUCGCGAGACGACUUUAUCCAGCAACAAUAUCUCCCGAUCCCGUUUCUCAUCCCCCCCACGGAACCUAUGCCUUUGGUUCGCUUCAAGGCUAAUGUGACGAGGACAAUGAUAAUACUCUCGGUCGCAUAUUUCCAUCGAGCCCUGGACAGUACGGGUGUCUCUGUUGUCCUCAAAACUCUGUCGGAGCUUUGCAAAAACCAAGAUGCCACUUCUACCAAUGUCCUUACCAACAGCGAGGCAGAGGAAUCCAGUCGGCAGCAUCUUACCAAAUUCAAAGCAAGCCAACCCCUCCCAUUCAAUUGGACGCUGGUUCCGCUCUCCUUCGACACGACACCAGCAGCAGAUCCUAGUAGAAUUCCUAUUAGCCGACAUUUCAGUCUCAACCCCCAGAAAGUCACUUUUCUGAAAGACGCAUGCAACGGAAUCAUCAAAUCUCUGGCCCAUGGGGACUCCAAAAAACCUAACCUUGUCACAUCAAACGAUAUAAUCACGGCCCUUGUGGGGCUUUGUGGAAACAAAGCCCGCCUUGAGGUUGUUCCCGAAAGCGUCCAAUCGCCCAAGGUCAUCAUCCCUGCAAACGUGCGCAAGCAAUGCCAACUCCCUGCAAACUACAUGGGCAAUGCUCUUGUUGCGGUUGAAUCGGACUAUGAUACGUUUUUGCUUCCAGAAGAGAUGGUUCUCCAAUCGUUUCCAGCGUCCUUGGACCAAAAACAGCUUGGUCAUCCCUGCAGCAUUGCGAUAUCUCUUCGAAAAGAAAUUAGUGAUCUCACUGAAGGAUAUCUUCAAGGAAUUCUGCGAACGAUCUCCGAUUCCAAUAGCUUUUCUUCGUUCUUCCCUGCCUAUGGGAGCAGCAUUAUCGUUUCCAGUCUGCGAUGGAUGGACUUUUACCUCGAUUUUGGCGCCCUGGGGAAAGUCCAACGAUAUGAUAUCCCAGAAAAUAAGGUGAAAGGUGUUUGUUGGGUUCUGCCGGCCAGAGAUUUGGGAGGUGACAUCAACUCACAGCCAUUUGAGUUGAGAUUUGUUUUGGAGAGAGCAGCUAUGGAACGUCUUCAGGAGGAUAACUUAUUUCAGUGGGUGCUGACGGACUAA